AGUCGCGUCGCAAUCACUGACUACCAGGGAUCUGUCGUCCUUGACACGUUCGUCCGUCCUACACAACCAGUCACAGACUAUCGUUAUCAAGAGACCGGUUUGCAACCCGCCUAUCUCGCGAGUGCGCCUUACUUUCAUACCGUGCAGCAGCGAGUGAUGUCUUUGAUCCAAGAGAAGAUACUAAUCGGAUACGCCCUCUGGCAUUUCUUUUCUGUCUUCGGCAUUGCCCAUCCUGCAUUAGACACUCGCGACGUCGCUAUUUUUCUUCCAUUCCGUCGAAGCCUCCAAUGUCGACAGAUACUGCCGCUCCCAAUUCUUGUUAAUCGCCUUAUGGGACGGAAUAUUGGUUUAGGCUAUGAACACCCAGUAGAGAAUGCACGGGCCGCCCUUGACCUCUUUCGUACUUGUCAGGAGCUCUGGGAAGGGAUCAUCGACUCGGGAUCCUGGCCUUGCACCUUGCCGCCAGCUGCAUACGCCAGCUGUUUCUCUUGA